CAAGUGCCAAACAAAAGCCAAAAUGGUUUCCUAAAGUCAUGCUUUUCUAAGUUGAUGACCAGGUGAUAAUGACGACAAACUGGAUUAUUAUAAUUCCUCAACUGUCUUCUGUUUAGCAGACAUUUAUCAUUGAUGGGUUGUUUUACCGAUAACAGACUCUGUUAGUUAAUAUAAAUCUCACGGGUUGGCGCGACGAACGCCAUGCUCUUCAAUUCCCCACUCGCAAAACAUAUGAGCACUAUUGAAUUUGAACAGCAACUUGACUACCUUUGCCAAUGGCUGGAUGCUUGGACCGAUCGCGAGAGAGCUAAUGUAAUAGAAGUUUUGCUGCCAAGAUGUGGAUGUGAAGAGAUYAACUUCCUGUGGACUGUGGUCGAGCCAACACUUCAUCGUGAUUUUAUGUACAGUUCACUGAAUGCUUUCCCAAGGAGUUCAUUCAGCCCYGUGUCUAUACCGAUACCUAGAGAGGUGCACAAGAAACUUGGAAAGCCAAGAUAUAGGACAUGGAAGCUUCACAGAUUAAGCAGUGCCAUACUUCAUGAUGAGGAGGAAGUCAGACAAUGGUCUUCACAGUCUGUCCUUCCCAUUGUAAAACCAUCAGUAUCGCCAGUAAGAACCCCAAAAUCUACACCAUCACCCUAUUCUGAACCCAAAGGCGCCUGGAAAUGCCUUACCACUUAUUAUGGUGUUCGUCUUCCUGGAAUAUCAUCACCAGGACCAGCCAAUUCCAGAUCAUGUCGUAAUUAUAGCACAAAGUCAGCACCACCAACUAUGACCAAGACAUCUUCACAUCACCCUAUUAGAAGACACAUGCAAGAUGACUUUAAGAAAGGAACCGUGAAUUGUGAGAAUGGAACAAGAACUGAUUCUUACACAUGGAGACGCCUAUACAAGUCAAAAUCCUGUCCAAGUAUGCAAAACCCAGUAGGUCGAGAAUAUAAAAGAUCGUCGCAUCGAAAUCGAUCUUCAAGUGAUGUGAACAACAAUACAGCACUACAACUAUCCUCGAUACCUGAGAAYGCACAGUCCAUUGUACAAUGGUUUGAAGAAAGAUGGAACGGGUGGCAACGUAAUCAAUUUCUGAGGUUAUUUCUGCGAGUUCUGGAGCCUGCGGAGCUUUAUCUUCUUUCCGGUCUAUUAGCGGUUCGACAAUACCGUGAUUUCAUUGCUCUGUUACCCGACCACUUGGCMUUACGAAUUUUGUCUUAUUUGUCACCUUCAGAGCUUCUUAUAGCUGCACAGGUAAGCAAAACAUGGCGGCAAAUGUCAUCAAGGAACGAGCUUUGGUUGGCGAAAUGUAGUCGAAUUUACGUUGGCAUCCCACUUCGAGUUCCAACAAUAUGGAAGGAAACYUUCAAGCAAAAUUUAAAACUAAAAAGAAACUGGGCGAACGGUGAAUGUAGAGUGAUGGAUAUAUCUGGACAUACUAAAAACGUUCUCUCUGUAUGUGAAUUCCGAGAUACAAUCGCAAGUGGAAGUUUGGAYAGGAGUAUAAAGAUAUGGGACGCAAAUACUGGAAGCCUUUUAAUGACUUUAAAUGGACAUACGAGAGGUAUUUGGAGUUUAAGAUUCCUGUCACCGACCAUCCUUAUCAGUGGUUCGUACGAUAAAAGUAUAAGGGUGUGGAGCCUUCGUACUGGYAUUUGCUCCAGAAUCCUCCUCGGUCACGAGGCACCAGUUUGGGCAAUCGAAMGAAAGGAAGAUAUAUUGGUCAGCGGCUCGGGCGAUAAAACCGCAAAACUAUGGAAUAUACGACARUGCAAACAGAUACGCACCUUAUUUGGGCAUACCUGUUCUGURUUUUGUGUGGAUUUGGAUGAUAAAGCUACCAGAGCAUUCACUGGUUCCGCCGAUAGAACGGUUCGUAUAUGGGACGUGGUGUCUGGCGCAUGCGUUGGGAUUGUGCACGCUGGUCAUUCUCAUGCRUCUGCAGUUACAGCGGUUAGCUUCGAUCAGGGCCAUAUAGCAGUUGCAACGGGUUCAGUUAUAUCUCUGUGGAAUCUUACCACUGGGGCGUGUCUGCAAGAAUUAAAAGGCCAUAAAGCAAGAGGAAACUGCAUUCAGACUUUACGAGGAAUCAAUCAAGUUGUUAACUGUAUCCAAGCUGAUGACACAAGAAUAAUCAGCGCAUCCUUUGACGGAAAAAUAAGAAUAUGGGACUUCAAUAAAUAG